AAUUCGCCGCCAUCUUGUCCACGGCCGUGACCACGCGCUCCCCAUGCAUUAGAUUAGGCGCUUUGCACACCAGUCCUUCUAGCCCGCCAUACAGGGGGUAGGAGUUUCAUAGAAGCAGCAGCACGUGUAAGGAACGUUUUUCGUGCGUAUAGCAUGUCUCGACUGUUUAUGACCAAGUUUGCAGUCCUUGUCGUUGUAAUCUACGUCGUUGUAACAUUUCUUCCUCUACUCUUCGGGACGACCAAAGCGGGAGACCAAAGCGAACACAGUUCGGAGUCGCCUAUCCACCUCGCUUCUCAGGCUCCAGUAGCAUCAGAAGCGAUUCAACCGGACUUCACUCUGUUACCCAAUAGAGGCGUCAACAACACCAACCUUGCAAUCUUGCAUCAGAUCGUCACCGACAUGAAUGCGCAACAGGUAGUACACCAUGUGGACCGCUUCGGACCUCUGGGACCGGGUGACCCUGUGCUGGUGGUGCAGGUUCACAAUCGGUGGCGGUACCUUUUGCACUUGCUGUCUUCCCUCGCUCGGGUUGAAGGGAUCGGAAAGGCUCUGAUUAUCUUCAGUCACGACUAUUAUGACCAUCACCUGCCUUCUCUGCCAAGUAGCGUCACGUUUUGCAAGGUGAUGCAGAUUUUUUUCGAGAAUUCAACGCAGCUGUACCCUUUCCAAUUUCCUGGACAAGAUCCUCGGGACUGCCCCAGAGACACAAAACCAGACUAUGCCCGAAAGAUCAAGUGCCUCAACGCGGACCACCCAGAUGUUUACAUGCACUACAGGGAGUCAAAGUUCACACAGAUCAAGCAUCACUGGUGGUGGAAGGUGAACACUGUAUUCCACAAACUGAACAUCACCAAGAACCAUGACGGUCCAAUGCUGUUGCUGGAAGAAGACCACUACGUUACCCCGGACUUGCUUGUCAUGGCCAAGCUCAUGUUGUCCGAAAAAAACAGGUUUUGCAAGAACGCUACGUGUCUGUGUUCCGUGGGCAAUAGUAAGGUGGACCACGACCACCAUCCGCAGACAGCCGAUAAGGUUGAGAUUCUCAAAUGGGCGCAGAGCUCCAACAACCUGGGCCACCUCUUUACCAGGGACGUUUGGAACGUCGUCAAGUCGUGUGCUCACGAGUUUUGUACGUACGACGAUUACAACUGGGACCUGACACUGACUGCGUUGGCCAAGACCUGUUUCCCCAGAAACAGCCUCCAAGUGAGCCUGCGAAACUCUCGCGUCUUGCACAUCGGAGACUGCGGCGUGCAUAGCAAAUCCAGGACCUGCAGGGAGGACUUGGUAAAGAGAGCCUUUAGAAUCGCUGCCAUGAACCGUUCGUUUCGGCGAGCGACGCGCCUCAUGGAGAUCCCGCCCCGGCAUUACAAAGUCCCCCUUGUCAGCGGCGGGUGGGGAGACAUCAGAGACCACAACCUCUGCCUCAGCAUGACCACCCAAUGAGUGACGCUCAGAAAUUGUACGCUGCCUUAUUAUCGUGUGACUUUGCAAUUUUCUAUACCUGAUGCUUCAUAAUGAAAAUGAAAUUAUUCUUUCGGCAA